AUAAAAAUAAAUGAAAAAUAACUCGCGCGGUUGCGCGGAUCGAGAUCUAGUGUGACAUUAAAUUUUAUUAAUAUUUAUCAGCAAAACACAAACAACAUGAAAUUGCAUAUAUCUCAUCUGAAAUGAUAAACAAACUUCCGGUGUUAAAACAAAAUUUUAUAUUUUUUUAAGUAUUUAUUUAUAUAUUUACUAGAAUCCUAAAUUUCACGUUCCAAAAACUUCACUCCACCCUUCAACUCUAAACCCUAAAUUUAGAUUAGUUAAUCAUAUGGAUAUAAGUAUCUUUUAGUCUUCAUUAAAAGUGAUGGUAAAAAUGAUUAGUGUAAGCAUAAUGAGUGGUACUAUGAAUGUGGUAUUUGUGACAAUUUCCCUUUCAGAUACUUUUGUUCAUUUAAUAUAAAAGCAUAACAUAAUUUCAAAAAAAAAACUAAUUUUGUAGUUAUAACUAAAAUGUUAUUAUAAUUUACAUAAACUUAAUAAAUUUGUUUUUUAAACAAAUAAAAUUAUACUAUUAUAUAUUUUGUGAGAUUGUAUAUUAAUACAACCUUUCAAUAAUUUUUAUUUAACAUUUAAAUGUGUAUUUUAUAUUAAAACAUAACAUAAUUUCAAACCUAUUAUUAAAAAAUUAUUUAUAAAAUUUAGAUAGAAAAACUAAAAUUAUGUAACCCAAACAUUUAUCAUGUUUAAGGAAAAUAACUAAAAUAAUCAGAUACAAAAAAUAAAAUAAGUUAUGUAUAAAACUUAAAAAUAUAUAACAUUAUAUAUAACCUAAGUCGACCAAAAGAAGAGGAAAAUAAUUUAAAAAAAAAAAGCAUCCGCGGCUCGACGAUGGUUGCUUUCUUGUCUGGGUAUUCAAGGAAGGAGGUUGAUCGCCGUAGGAGCAGCUAUAUGAAAGAAGUGAAUAAAUCCGAGGGGUUCGAUGUCAGUGGUCUUCCAGUACCAGACUUUGCUCCUGGACUAAUUGAAUUCAUCUGUAAUGAUACUUGUUCCCCCUUAAUCCUCCUUUAUGCCAAGUUGGGCCUUCAUCGUUACAAUUUGGUCCAGGGGAAAAACUUACAGCUCAGCAGCGUUAAGAAAUACAACCAGUCCAUGGGUUCUGCUGCUUCCUCUUACUACAUAACUUUGGUAGCUAUUGAUCCAGCUACCCAGUUGCCUCAAACUUUUCAGACUAGAGUUAAUGAACUACGCUAUGGCGAAUUGGUUUUGGAUUGCUGUAUUGCUAAACCUCUAGGCGAAACCCACAUAUGUGAAAUCAAGAAAAGCAGUGAUCACAAACCUGUGGAAGACUUGCUCCAUACCUUUCCUGAGUGGCCGCCCAAGAAUCCUUUUAAGAAAUCAAACCGAUGUUACGUUCUGAAGAAAUCAGAGCUGCGAGAGAAUGAUGAUUGGAUUCGUCUCUACUUGGAACUUGCAGUUGCCACGACUAAUAGAAACACCCUUGAGAACCAUCUUCUGUCCAACUUGAAGAUUGUCAAAGUAGCUAUAGAUACUACUAGUAACCAAGAGGGACUCGACUUAUUUGCAAUUGUCUACAUAAGAUACAAGGACUCGUGCGAGGCUCGAGUUGGUAAGGAUGUUGAUCGCGUAGCUGUAGUCAGAAGAUUCUUCAAUGAAGGCAUGGGAUCCUUCAGUUUAGUGGGCCAAAACCUGGGUAUUAUACAAAAAAAGAGUAACAAACAACUUUUGCGUUUCAAACCGUGGCUGCUAUAUACUCCUAGGUGGCGGCUCAAGGCAUACAGACACAGUGGCCUUACCUUGUCUCGUCGUGUGCCCAAGACGAGAUCCAUCGAGUUUUUCUUGAGCCAAUUCACGUUCAGAGAUGAUUUUACCAAAAAAAGGAAAAGAAUCAGAGUGCGACACUGUCCUCUAAGAGCAUCUCCAACCCAUCUCUAUAUUUGCCUCUAAAUGCUAUAAUAGAGUAAAAUCAGCUCCAAGCCAUCUCUAUUUCUUCCCCUAAAAUAGAGAUUGCUAUUUUUUCCUCUAUAUAUAGGGGAAAAAAUAGCAUUCCUCUAUAAUAGAGGCAAACUUUUUUAUUUACAAAGUAGUCCUCUAAUUUCUUAUGAUUGUAACUAAAAUACUUGUGUAUGAAAGAAAUACAAUUCUUACAUAUAAAAUCACACUUUUUUGUUUAUAUACUAAUUAUUAAUUUUAAUAACUGCUGUUAUAAUCAAAAUAAAAAUUAUUAUUAUUUAUUUAAAAGUCAAUUAUAAUUUUAAAAAAUAUUAUUUUAAAAUUACUACAUGUAUAAUUUUACAUAAUAUGAUUAUUGAGGAUGAGCGUGAUCUCGAUGCACCAAUUGGAAUUGGAAGAGAAGCUCCACCUCCGGAAUUCCAAAUACCGGAUAAUGAAGAUAACCGAUUCCAAGAGUUUCUAAGUCGAUUCAGAAAAAUCAAAGAUAAAGAAGCUCAUUUCUC